AUGAAGGAUCCCUUUCAUCUGCUCUUGUUCUUAAUUGGUCUUAAAUGUUCCACCUUUGCACAGACAACAAGCCCAACGAAAGCUGCAGUACACUGUUCAGACUGUCAUCACAAUGCUGCUUGUGAGGAACAUGGAGACCUUCGCCAAUGUGUCUGUCGACACGGGUUCACUGGAAACGGCACCAAUUGCUCCGACGUUGAUGAAUGUUCCAGCUUUGAUUUAAAUCGCUGCCAUUCUUUAGCCACCUGUAUUAAUUAUCAGGGCAGCUAUUCUUGUUCUUGCCGUGAGGGUUACAACGGGGAUGGCUAUCGCUGUGAAGCAAGGGGCUUUGCUGAAGAAUGUGUCCGAAACAAUAGAUCCGUUAGCUGCUCUGAUCCAUGUAUGAGUCACACGGUUCUGGAUCAAACCUGGCGAAGCACCUCCUAUGGGUCAGGAUCCAACUGUGACCGUGAUAAAAGAGGGUGGUAUCGAUUUAUAGGCAGUGGAGGAGAACGCAUGCCAGAGAGUUGUGUACCAAUAAACAGAUGCAACACGCAUGCACCUAUGUGGCUUAACGGCACCCACCCCACAAGUGAGGCUGGAACAGUAACUCGCAUUGCCUGUGCCCAUUGGAAUGGAAACUGCUGCUCCUGGUCUAUCCCUGUACAGGUUAAAGCUUGUGUAGGUGGUUAUUAUGUCUACAAGUUUGAUGGGACACCAGCCUGUACCUUGAGUUAUUGCACAGAUCCCAGCUAUGUCGAGAAUCCGUGUCCCCAAUGCAACGCAGCAGAGGAAUGCAAGAUGGUGAAUGGAACUUGGGGCUGUUACUGCAGCCAAAGUUUCAACAGCUCUGAUAUUUCUAACUUGGAACCAAGACUGGAGUGUGGUGCAAAUGAAAUUAAAGUCUCUGUGGAAAAGUGCAUUGGCUUCCAGAAUAUGAUCAUGUCCUUGAGAGACCACUCAUGUGUUGCGUUUGAAGAACAGAGGAACCGAACAAUGGUCUCAGUGGUGACUCCCACUCAAGCUGGCCAGUGUGGAACAGAAUUGACGAAAAAUGAAACCCACGCUACAUAUAGCAACACGCUAUAUCUGGGAGACGGGGCUGUCAUUAGAGAGAAUGAAAUCAAAAUUAAUUUUCACUGCUCGUACCCGCUGAAUAUGGAAAUCAGUCUUGAAGCCGCCAUCCAGCCCAUUGUCAGUUCAGUCAACAUCACUGUUGAAGGUGCAGGAGAGUUUAUAGUUAAGAUGGCGCUCUACAGAGAUCCAAAUUACACUUCUCCCUAUGAGGGGGAAAAGGCAGUGUUGUCAACGAAGGCCUGGCUGUACGUUGGCGUCAUGGUGACCAAUGGGGACACGUCUCAAUUUGUCUUACGGAUGGACAACUGUUUUGCAACGCCCACAGCGAAUGCCACUGAUCCUCUGAAAUAUUACAUCAUUCAAAACAGCUGCCCAAACCCACAGGAUUCAGCUAUAACAGUUCCAGAAAACGGAGUCGCACCUCAAGGACGUUUUUCUCUUCAAGUAUUCAAGUUCGUUGGGAAUCAUAACCUGGUGCACCUCCACUGUGAAGUCCAUCUCUGUGACACCGGCUCUGAACCAUGCAAACCAAGUUGCCCUGGAAUUGGAAGUCGGCGGGCGGCUGAUAUUAGGACAGCCCAUAUUUUGCAUUUGGGCCCCAUUAUCCGUAAAGGCUCCAUGUAG